AUGUUUGUGAAUGCUUCAAAGGGUCAGAACCAACAUCUGAACUUGGACCAGGGACAGCCAGGCCUUCUCCUCUCAAAUGUGCUUCCUGUCCUGAUCAUCACCAUGAAUGCCAAGGUGACAGGGUCACUUAUAAUGCUGCUGCUGAUGUCAGGCCUGUUACUGUGGAAAAAUAUGGCCUCCCAGGUUGUUUAUACCAAUAGAACUGGCUCCACUUUACCCAUCUCAAAACUGCUUAAACGUGCGAUCAUUCUGUCAAGCAACAUCGGUUUCCUCUCUUCAGAAAUGUACAAGGAAUUUGCAACCCGGUACUCUCUGGACACAGACUUCUUUUUCGUGUAUAGGAAAAGGUGCCACACAGCCUCAAUUGUCACACCGGACAACAAGGAAGAGACCCUGAAGAUGAAGGAGAAGGAUCUGAUUAUCCUGGUGAUCCGCUUGAUGAUCUCCUGGGAAGACCCUAUGAGCCACUUCAAGGCCCAAACAGUUCGCCUGCCAGACGUUCCUAUGAGUUUCAUGCAGGAAGCUGACUUGAUCGAGAAAAAAAUGCAGGAACUUCGAAAAGGGCUGAAGAUAAUAGCUAGGAAGGCUAACGUUCAAGUCAAAGAAUGUGAGCAACCUACUCUCUGGAAUGACCUCCCAUUACUGAUGUCAACUGAUGGAAACGUUUUCAGGCAAACUUUUCACCACCUGUGCCGCUGCCUGCGCAGGGAUGCUGAUAAAGUUUACACUUUCCUGAGAGUCAUAAGAGGCAAAAUCAAGAAGAAAAGGCAAUGCAAAGCUCAUAUUCAUUCGUAA